AUGGCUGACGGCGAGACAAGUUGCUGCCGUGCGGAGGUGACAUGGUCCAGCCGCUGCGACAAAUCUGAGACAGUUCACCCCUGCGUAGCCCCGCUUUUGCAGCUGCCUGGAAGAUGGAACCCACCCGUGGUGCCUGUCACCCCAGACCCACAGGCCGCGGCUUUCGGGUCAGUGCAACCCAACGCUGCCCCAUCUUCGCUGCAUCAGCAGCGAAUCACGACGCGCGCCAGUCCCACCCUCGGGUCGACCUCAAACGUCCGCCUACCCCUGCCGCGACUCGCGUCUUCGAUUCUGCAACGACAUCUCUCCACCGCGUCGCCCGUUGCCGGACAACCUCGCUCCCUCCCGCACCGCCAACCAGCACGGGCCAAGUACGGAAUUGCUUCCAAACCCCAAGUCGUGGCCUUGGAGCCGUCUUGCUGGAUCCGACUCGUCGGGUCCAGGCAACCACUGUCCGGCUUCCAACCGCAAGGGACAGGAGCGAAGGCACCGGAAUCGCAGCCCGCCAACACCGAGUGCCCUGCACCGCAGCGUAAUUGCCCAGUCGACCCGGGCCAUCCAGGAUUCUCUUCGCUUUCGCGUGCUCUGCGCACGGCCGCCGCGACCAGUCAAGCUGCAGAUUCACAGCCACGAGAGGCCGUGGCUCUGCAAGCGACGCUGCUGCUGCUGGAUCGUGAGACGUGGCCGGAUCUGGAUUCGCAGCCCAAGCGGCCCAUCAUGGGGAGAUCCGGGGCAGGGCGAAAACAGGAGCUUUCCCAGAACAGCAUCCGGAUCGUCGAUGGCAAAACGGCGCCCGAUGCUGGCGCCAAACAUGCUCGACCAUGA